AUGAAGCUUCUUCUGGUAGCAGUCAUCAUUGGAGUUGCAGCCUCCUUUGAAGACGAUGAUAAAAUCGUCGGAGGUUAUACCUGCCCAGAAUACUCUGUUCCCUACAUCGCCUCUCUGAACUCUGGAUAUCAUUUCUGUGGAGGAAGCCUGAUCAGCACCUUAUGGGUGAUCUCUGCUGGUCACUGCUACAAGUCGAGCCUGCAGGUUCGUCUGGGAGAAUACAACAUCUUUGCCAAUGAUGGCUACGAACAGUUCAUUAACUCUGCCAAGGUUAUCGUACAUGCAAACUACAACUUCAGAACCCUGGACAACAACAUUAUGUUAAUCAAGUUGGCCUCUCCCGCCUCCCUCAAUGUAUUUGUCAGUACUGUGCCUCUGCCCACUGUCUGCUCUCCUGCUGGCACCAUGUGUCUGAUCUCUGGAUGGGGAAACACCGACAGCAAUGGAAUCAAAUACCCUGGCCGCAUGCAGUGCCUGGACGCCCCCAUCCUGACUGACUCCCAGUGUAGCAGCAUCUACCCAGGAACGGUCUCCCCCGACAUGAUCUGUAUUGGAUACCUGGAAGGUGGCAAGGAUUCGUGCAAGGGUGACUCAGGUGGACCAGUGGUCUGCAAUGGAGAGCUCCAAGCUUUUUACGUCUGGGGAAAAGGCUGCGGUCUCAAGACCUAUCCUGGUGUCUACAUCAGGGUAUGCAGCUACAACUCCUGGAUCUCCAGCACCAUGGCUGCCAACUAA